AUGGCACCUUCGCUGAGAGACCACCCGUCGUUUGUUCGCCCGCCGACCCGUGAUCGCCCCCUGACUCGCGGCGACCAAGGAGACAACUCGCUCGUCAUUCCUAGCAGAACCUCUUCUUUGCACUCGCGCAUCACGCAGCCAAUUCCUUCGAGUUUGAACAUGAAGCCCGCCCAGAGGACUCCCAAAACCCUAACCCAUGCCUACAUGGUCUGCGGUGUUGGCCGUGAACCCUCCCAGUGGGUCAAAGCUCCCCCUCCUGCCCAAGGAAAGAUUGGCCACAUGAAGGGGGCUGUCGGCCAGUUUUGGCUGCCUGAAAUCUUAGGGAGUAGCCCGAGAUUGGAACAGGACAACGAGAUUGCGAGAGCGUUACAUGCCUCUAUGAGAGCAUGCUUUCCCCAUGAUGUCGAAAUCUGCACAGGCAAGAGUCAGCCGCACUGUGUGCAUCAUUCUUUUGUUCUCCAGCAGGAUUCAACCCACACUCUCUACGGCAUCGCUUUGCGUGUUUGGUCGCGCGCCGACGAAAAACGUGCCGAAACCAUUAGGGAACUGCGCAAGAAGACCGAGACUGAUUUUUACGACAACCCAGAUGAAACUUAUUGGAUUCCGUAUUGCCUGAGUUUUCUUUCUCGAUACCCUCUUUACAACCUUUUGGGAGACUACCUUCGUGGAAUGUGGAUUCACUGGAACAAGGCUACCAACCUUUUCCAUGCCGAAGAAGUAUCGCGCAUUCUCAGCUUCCCCGCGCCCAGGUUGAAUGACCUUGUUCGCAUUGACAUGAAAGACUACGCCCUAUGCUACCAAUUUCCAUCUUCUCCAACUGGCUUCCAAAACUUUUCCAUGUGGCCUUUGUUUAACUGUCUUUCUAUUCCCAACAUUGUAGGCGUGGUUGAAGCGGCUGUGUCACCAACUCGCCGUAUCAUAUUUGUCAGUCAUUACCCGGCCAUCCUAACCAUUGCCGCUGAAACUAUCCGUUUCUGUGUCCGUGUCUACGAAUGGAGUGGUCUGUACAACCCUGUUGUGCAUGCCCGUCACGUCAAGGAACUAGUUCAGGAGCCUGGCCCAUAUAUUCUGGGUAUUACUGCUGAGUGUCGUACUUUGUUCACCGCUCCUUCAGACGCUCUCGUUAUCGACCUGGAUCGCAAUUUCGUGUUAACCUCGAGUCCCCCCAGUAUCCUAACACAGGGCCAAAGGACCAAGAUGAUCAACCGUUUAACCCAGGCACUUAAUGGCGACGUUAACCCUAGCGGCGUUCCUCAGCACCUUCGAUCAGCUUACGGCGGAGGAAAACUAAUCCCCGCUGGUCAGAUCAUUGUUAUGAGAGGUGAAGUUGAGAGUAUUCAGGAUCCAAGUUGGUGGAACCAGGAUGCUGUGAUGUCCGUCAUGGACCAUGUUUGUGAGAAAUUGGGCCGCAACACAGGAGUGAAGGCGUUAUUUGGUGGAUCUGUCAAGAAGCCACUCAUGACGAAGAUAUCUAUGAGACAUCUCAAUGAAAUUGUCCGAGAACGAAACCAAUACUCGAGAGAUGCCCUUGAGGCGUGGCAAGACUUCAUCAACCUCAAGGGAAGAAUGGACACGGAACUUUCUAAAGUCAACAAACGGAACAACUUCCUUGUGGAGGAGCUCGAAACGUGGAAACAACAGUUCCUCAAAUUCCAAGCCUUUGCUGAACAACUCACGAAAGAAACAUCUGAGCUUAAGGUUAAGAUUGAGGGUCAUAAACGUGAAAAUCGUCGCCUCACUGCUCUGAUUGACCAGCAGAAGGAUGAUGCUGCCCGUCUUACGCUACGUCUCUCUGGUACCGAAAAACAACGCGACGAUGCUCUCGAAGCUCUUGUUCUACAGCAAGAGAUUGCAGAGGAACUUGAACGUGAGCGGAAACGAAACCAGAAAGAAAUCAGUGCACUCCAGCACACCACCGCCAAUCUUACUCGUCAACGAGAUGAAGCGCAACGUGUUGUUGUGCACCUUCGCAGCCUUAUCCAUGGACAGAGCCACCAUAUGGAGCAUAUCAUCCGAUCCAUCACUAAUGCUCCUGAAUUGUCAGAAUACGUCGAUCAGGGCUUCGAGGAUACCUCAGAUGCGGACGAUCGCUCUGAACGUUCUGUCGAUACCCGUCGCUCCCACGCAGUGUCUCGUAGAUUUGCUUCCCGUCUCAGCGCAUCCAGCCGUGCUGAAAGCGCUCACGGUGAAGAUGUCAGCCCAGAAAUGGAAAGCCAGCUGCUUGGCCUUGGAAGACACAAACGCCACUCUCAACUUAGCAUCACCGAUGUUGCAGACCGACACCUCCGAGCGAAGACAGACGCUAUCGCAGACAUUAUCCGCAAUAUCAGCGAACAAUGCGCUGCCGCUGUUGAAGGCCUCUACCUGGCUCAAGAUGCGGAACUCGAAGAUGAAUCCAACAAACAUGAUAACAAUCGACAAAACAACCUCAACGCCAACGAAGAUGGCAAUGACGAGCGAUCUUCCCGUGCAGGAAGUGAGAUGGGCGAUACUCUUCUCACACCUGACGGACGCGAUUCGAGUAUUUCCAGCAUCCCACCUACUCCGGACCUCGUACACAAUCGCUCCAGCACUGCUAUGUCGAUGGUGAGCAGCACAACCAUCCCAGAGCGCUCAAGCCAGCAGUAUGGACCCGGCGACCUUCCAACCCGAAUCCUGGAAGAAGACGGCGAGCGCAUGCACGAGGCAGAAGCCCAGCGAGAGCAAAACCAGGCUCCCGGAGCUCCGCGAAAGAGUGCCAGUCAUGAUACCAUGAGAGCAGGUACUGUCCAUGUUGUUGCAUAG